AUGCCUAAACCACAAAAGAAGGGCAAGGGCCCUCGCGGUCAGAAAGAUAGGCAGAGCUUCGAUGAGAACGCUCUUGAGCAGCUUACGUCUAAAAUCGGCCAAAACCUCAACUCCAACACCAACAAGCGCAAGCAUCCCCCCACCAAUGCCGGAGGUAAAGAGCAACAGAAGAGGCGGCGAAAUUUCGAGGACAGUAGGCCGUCAAAGAACCAGAUUCCGGAUGACCAAGCAGCUUUGUUGGCAGAAAUAAGAGCCUUGGGCGGCGAUGAGAAGGAUCUAGAGCUCAUCAAUGGCGUCGACUCUGACGACGAGACUUACGGGAAAGAGUCUGGGGGAGCUGUUGAUAAGGAUUUGAAGGACGAACUUCUCGCACUGUCGAAAGAAUUGGGAUUUGCGGAUAUCGAUCCCGAAGUGAUGAUCGCAGCCGAUGAGCAACCAUACGAGGUCAACGAUGAUGAAGAUGAAGAGGAGGGAGAAGAUUCUGACCACGAAGGGGAAGACGACGAUGUCGACAACAUGGAAACCGAGGCGAUCAAACGCAUUAGAAAGCCGGGAGACAUGAUCUUCGAGCCGAGAGCUGAUUGGCACGCCUACAAACUUGCGAAGCUGCCCAAGCCGACUGUCGACCAGCUGGGCCCGUUUGCUGGAACAGUUGAAGCUCUCAAAACACAUGCCAAAACGCUUCUGGAAAGCGACUGUAACAAGUACAAGACUAGCGUGUUUGCUUCGUCGUCUCAUAAGUUCUUGUCUACAAUUAUGUCUUCAGGUACCCUGACGGAUAAGGUCUCGGCCUUGACGUUAGCAGUGCAAGAGUCGCCAGUCCACAACAUCCGUGCCUUUGAUGCUCUCAUGAACCUCGCCUCGAAGAAAAGCCGUGGCCAGGCCAUCGGAGCGAUCGGCGCACUUGUGGAUUUACUCGGGCCAGGGACCCUUCUUCCCGCCGACAGGAGGCUACGCCCCUUUCAUGGCCAGCCUGGGUUGCUUGGGACACUUCAAAAGGACUCCAUCAAGUCAUGGACACCUAGCCAACCUCUUCCGGGAAAGAUUACUGAGGAGCAUCUCAUCUCAUGGCUGUACGAAGACUGGCUCAAGGAAACAUAUUUCAAGAUUAUCCAGUUGCUGGAAACCUGGUGCUCUGACGAGAUAGAGUAUUCCCGAAUGAAAGCUGUGGAUUUUGUUUAUGGACUCCUCAAAGAAAAACCGGAACAGGAGUCAAAUUUGCUCACCCUCCUUGUCAACAAACUUGGUGAUCGAGACCGCAAGAUUUCAUCUCGGGCAUCCCAUCUGCUUCUGCAACUUCAGGUCUCACACCCUGGAAUGAAACCAAUCAUUAUUCGAACUAUUGAACAGGAUAUCUUACUUCAUCCCUCCCAGGACCAUCGAUCGAAGUAUUGCGCCAUCAACACCUUGAACCAGACAAUUCUCAGCAACAAAGAGCCGGCGGUAGCAGAGACUCUUUUGCGAAUAUACUUUGACCUUUUUGUUACAAUGCUAAGAUCAGGAAGCUUGGGAAUGCCAUUACAAAAUGGAACUGAGGGUGGCAAGCGGUACGGCAAAGAGACGGGCAAACAUAACAAUAAACCCAAUGAUAAGCCAGAGGGCAACCCGCCUCAAAAAUCGAAAACGGCGAAUCCCUUGGCGCCGGAAACUGAAGCAGCAGACAAGUUAGUUUCUGCACUGUUGACAGGAGUAAAUCGUGCGGCCCCAUUUAUUGGUACCAACGAUGAUAUUAUGGAAAAGCAUCUAGAUACGUUGUUCAGGAUUGCACACUCGGCCAAUUUCAAUACUGGUAUUCAAGCAUUGUUGCUUAUUCAACACUUAUCCGCCGCUCGUAACUUGGCAACAGACCGAUUCUACCGAACUUUGUAUGAGUCGUUACUGGAUCCUCGUCUAGUCACUUCAUCCAAGCAAGCAUUGUAUCUGAACUUACUUCUCCGUGCCUUGAAGAGCGAUGUUGAUGUUCGAAGGGUCAAGGCUUUUGCAAAACGGAUGUUGCAGAUUUCAAGUCUUCAUCAGCCUCCCUUUGUAUGCGGAUUGCUCUAUGUCAUUGCGCACCUGAGACAAACUUUCCCUGAUUUAUCAACACUUGUUGAAGAACCCGAAGCUUCAAUUUUCGACGACGAGGCAUCGGCACAACUUCCCGGGUAUGAUGGGCACAAGCGCGACCCAAAGCAUAGCAAUGCGCAGAGGAGUUGCUUGUGGGAGAUGAUUCCCUUCCAAACACAUUUCCAUCCGUCUGUCAGCGUUUUUGCCGCGGCCCUGCUGGAUAAAACGAAAAAAGUACAAAAGCCAGACAUGGAGAGCCAUACAUUGAUCCGAUUUUUGGACAAGUUCGUGUACCGCAAUCCCAAGUCGACUGAUUCUGCUCGUGGCGUAUCCAUUAUGCAGCCUCUCCGCGCAACCAAGGAUUUGGGCGACUUUUGGCUGGGCAGCAGGGGGCCUGGUACCGCAUCCGCGCCAGUCAAUUCUGCAGCAUUCUGGAAGAAGAAGGUUGAAGACAUUGCAGCUGACGAUGUCUUCUUCCAUGAGUAUUUCCAGCACGUUGCUAGAGAACCUAAACCUACAACUAAGAAAGCCAAUGAAGAGGAGGAGGAGGAGACGAACGAGGAUGAAAUUUGGAAGGCUCUGGUAUCCACGCAGCCUGAUAUUGAGGAUGAUGCCGACGAAGAGGGCUUUGAUGAUAUGGAUGGUUUGGACAUGGAUUCCGAAGAUGGUUCAUCUCCUGCCCUGUCUCUGGAGAGCGACCUUGACGAUGAUGAAGAUGAUGAAAUGCGUGAAACCUUUGACGGCGAGAAUGAAAUUGACUCCGACGGCUUGGUAGCAGUUGAGGAUGAGCAAGAUGCCGACGAAGGCGAUGAAUCUCAGGAGAAGAACAAGAAAAAGUCGAGAAGAAAGGCUCUUAAGGACCUCCCGAUGUUUGCAUCGGUUGAUGACUACGCCGAGCUUUUGGCUGCAGAGGAAGACGGAUUGUAA